AUGUCUAGUGUCCAGCAGCUGCUAACGACGCCUGUCAUAGAUUACCAAGAUGAAUUAAAACUUCCAAUUGAUUGUGAGAAUGUUGUCCUUUGCGACGACAAUGUGUUGUUGUCAAUCAAAGGUAAUACCGUGACCGUUUACAAUGGUCUACUAGUUAGUCGAGUCUUGAAGUUUGAAGACAAUAUUAUCAAAGCAUGUGUCACCUCGUUUCUUAUAAAUAAUGUAUCUACACAGAUCAUGGCAAUAUGUUUCAAAAAGUAUAUCCAUUUCUACUAUCCCAACGGAAAAUUGUACACAUUGCAUUUACCAUUUGAUGUCGUGUUGGUUAAGGAAUACGAAAGCGGUUUAAUUUUGCAAACCAGGACAGAACUAUACUUGGUAAACAAGACCCUCGACUUGAAGUUUGUUGAUACUGAUACAAAUAGCUCCUUUUACAAUUAUGAAUAUGUGACAACCUUCAAUCAGCGAGAAAACGGUAUCUCCCUCUGCACUACAUUUAUUGAUGGACAGAUCAACGUGUACCAAGUGAAAAAUUCAAGCAGAAGCUUAAAGUUCAACACUAAACCGUCUAGCAGGCUGCAAAAGAAAAAACAAUACUCAAUGUCGACUUCUUCGAGUAAAUAUACCGAACCAAAACUCAGUCAAAUCUUUAUUCUGGAGAAUCGGACAAGUACAUUAUUGCCUGACGCCAGGGUCCUAAAUUCUGAACAAGCACCUAUAUCAAGCUUGCGCAAAGAUGUCAUAUUAUCGAAAAUAGAAACUAUGGAGAACAAGCUCAACAGAAACCAUGUCAAGAUAUUUAGUAUACCCUUUGACAACCAAGAGGGAAUAGUGGUGGUCAAUAAGUUGAAGCAGGAACUACAUGUAUACAGCUAUAACUCUUACUCAAAGAGCGUAUCUACUUACAAGUGUCUGUGCCUUGAUUGCAUUCCGUUGAAUUCCACGUUUGAAGGCAACUUGGUUGUCUUGACGGAUAACGGGUUGUUCAUUGUCAAUCCAUUUCUUGAGCUACGUACUAGCUGUAACACAAAUCUCCCCGCGUACAUGCUACUAAGCUCGAAUAAUGGCAAAGUAGCGCUUCGGUUGAAAGACGACUCAAUCCGAUUAGUCAAAGUCAUAUUGGAUCCGGUAUCUGAGUUAGUCCUGUCGUGUUUAAGAUGCUUCAAGUACUUGUCAGGAUCAACAGUAAACCAAAUAUUUUGGAUGCUUUGGCGUACAGCGUACAAAAAUUGUGGGUCGGAGUGGGACGCAUUAGUAACUGCCUUGUUGUCUCUAACUUUCCCCGUACUGGAUGAUUUCCUGUUUACCACAAAUGAGAUUACGAACCUAUUACCACAAGCCAAACUCCUUCGUGAAUCCGCCCAUCUCAAUUACAAUUUACAAGAUUUGAUCCCUUAUAUCGUUGUAUCUUUGCAUUUACUCCGAGAGGAAUAUAGAUUGGAUGUCACUAAAAAGCACUACUUGAACAAGCUAGGGAUAUUGUUGAGCCAAUUAACUAUAUGGAUGGGCUGGCCAGAUGUUUGGGCCAACUACUACAACGCACCAUGCAAUCUCGAUAAAUCAAUCAAAUUUCUUCUGCUUCAAAUUAUUCAAUCGCCGCCCAAUCUUUUUGAAUCUUUGGCUAGUUUGUUCACCGAUAAUAUUGUACGAUAUUUAUCGUUUUCGCAAUUGGUUGAAGAAAGUGACUCGGUGGAUGCUCUUGUGACUCCAGUAACCAAUAAUGUCUUGAAAUUAUUUGAGGUGCUCGUGUCUUCACAGUAUGGACCAUCGCAUUUGGUUGAUAUGAUGAGCGAUCUCGGUGUUACCUCUCUUGAUAUGUUCCCGUUGGGAGUUUCCAUACCUUUGAAAGAAGCAAUACUGACUUCACAAGAGAAACCAACUUUCGAAUGGACGUCGGAUGCACUUAAAUUAACUGGAAGAGAGGAUUUAAGCAAGCUACUUUCAAACGAUGUUUUCCAUGACAAACCAAUGGAGAAAACUGCGAGUGGUGAUAUUGAAUCUUUGACAAAUGAUGUAGCGUCCAAUGAAGCUGUAUCGUCUUGGGAUGAUCAUUCAGAAGCUAAAAGAUUGGGAAUUACUAAGUUAAUAUUCGAUUAUGAUCGAAGGUAUUUCGAAAUAACAACGCUAUUACACCAAACAAAGAUGCAAACAGCAUUUUUGAAAACUGAUGAAUCUAUAACUGAAUAUGAUCUUCUUUUGCUUCAGCGAAAAUUGGCUAGCAUAGUAGCAGUACGAACCUUGACCAUACCUAUGGGUCGAGCUGCGUUAAAUUAUGGCGGUCGGAAGCCUUUAUUGACAGAAAAGUAUCCCAUACCAAAAUUCAAUUUGAAUACGGUAAUAUCGCCAACAAUUACAACCAUCAUUCCUUCUGAAGAUAGCAUAUCGCAAGAUUUACUAGAGUGGGGACAUUUUCAUAAUGGUGUAUCCUCUGGUUUGAGUAUUGCUAAAGAUUCAAAUGGCAUAUCUGGGAGCUGGAUUAUAUUUAACAAGCCACCUGACUUAAACUCGCAACAUGCAGGGUUCUUGUUUGGAUUGGGGUUGAAUGGCCAUUUAAAGAAACUCGAGGAAUGGCACAUUUAUAAUUACUUGGGGCCAAAACAUCCAUUAACUAGUGUCGGCUUACUUAUUGGCAUGGCAGCAAGUUUACGUGGUACAAUGGAUAAUAAACUAACCAAAGUGUUGUCAGUUCAUGCAGUAGCAUUGUUGCCUCAAGGUGCUAAUGAUUUGAAUGUUCCUAUUAUGGUGCAAACUGCAGGGUUGAUAGGUAUUGGAUUACUUUAUCUUGAGACACAGCAUCGACGAAUGAAUGAGAUUCUUCUUUCGCAAAUUACUGGCUCGGUUUUCCAAAAUGAUCAGGAACAAGUACAUGAGGGUUAUAGAUUAGCUUCGGGAAUAGCACUAGGGUUUGUGAAUUUGGGUAAAGGUGACGACUUAAAGGGGCUUAAUGAUACUCACGUUGUCGAUAAAUUGAUGGCGGUAGCUACAUUUAUGAAGCAUGACCAGCCGAGCUUAGAGUUGGACAAAUCGUGCUGUGGUGCCAUUAUAGCCUUGUGUUUGAUAUACCUCAAAACGGAAAAUUCAAAUGUUGCUGACAAAUUGAGUAUUCCCGAAUCUGAGCAAUUAUUAGAUUACAUUAGGCCAGAUUUGUUAUUCCUUCGAUGCUUGGCCACGAACGUAGUUACUUGGAGCAAGAUUGGAUGUACACGUGAAUGGGUUGAAUCACAAGUUCCUGCAGUUGUGCUUGGUGAAUUCAAUAAGAAUGAUGGAUUCGACAGGCUAGAUAGUGAUGAACUAAUCUUUUUCAACAUCUUGGGCGGUUCUUGCUUGGCAAUGGCGUUGAAAUAUGCAUCGUCAUCCAAUAUAGAGGCAAGAGACGUCAUUUUAUAUUAUCUUGAUAGAUUGAUGAAGCUAACAAAUAAGCCUGCAACAAACUAUGAUGAAAAGCUUACUUACAACACUGCUAUAAAUAUUCAAAAUAUUUUGGCUCUAUGUGCAUCAUUGAUAAUGGCAGCAAGUGGUGAUUUAAAAGUGUUCCAAAGGUUACGUGUUUUGCAUAAUGACACAAGUAAGGCCAUGGGAUACGGUGGGUUUAUGGCUAUCAAUACUGCAUUGGGUUUUCUAUUUCUCGGUGGUGGGCAAAUGGCAUUUGAUGAUUCAUUAUUUGGUACUGCCAGUUUGAUCACUAGUCUAUACCCUAUAUUCCCUAAAGAAAAUAAUGAAUAUGAGGUACAUUUACAAGCGUUGAGGCACUUUUGGGCGUUGGCUAUUGUCCCACGUUGUUUGGUGGUUGAAGAAGUGGGUACUAAUGAACCGUGCAAGAUUCCUAUAACAAUAACAAUGAAGGAUGGGGAGGUGGUUGAGAACUUGUCACCGUGCUUGCUCCCUAAGUUAAAGGAUAUUCAAACCAUAGCUACAAAUUCGAUUGAUUAUUUCGAUGUCAUUAUUGAUUGUCAGUUGAGAUCAGAGAUUCUGGACAAUUUUGAAAAAUCAUUAACAAUUUAUGUUUACAAGAAACAAAACUAUCAAUUGUUGCGGCCAAAUAUUAGAUCAAUGUUGCAAAACAAGAGCCGCAAUACCAGAAUUGAAACUGAUUCAAUAUUAAAUUGUGGGUUGUUUGAACUACUUGAUUCGAACAGUAAAGAAAUAUGGAUUAAUGGGUUUGAAUCAAGGCAUAAAAUAUCCUAUUCUGGCUUAACCAUUUUCAAUAUUAUUGAUGAUAAAUUGAAGUUGAUGAAGUGUGUUGAAUCACCAGAUUCAAUUGAAGAUGUAUGGAAUUUGAGACUAUUAUUUGAGUAUGCCAACACAUGUAUACAUGAUGAUGAUUUACAUUAUAUUUCAUUACAAUUCAUCAACCAAUUGAAACAAAAGUUGUGGAAUAAAGUUGGAUAG